AUGAAAAGGGAAAUUGCAGCGUAUGUAAGUAGGUGCUUGAUAUGCCAACAAGUAAAAGCAGAAAGACAGAAACCUUCGGGAUUGCUACAGCCGUUGCCUAUUCCGGAGUGGAAGUGGGAGCACAUCACCAUGGAUUUUGUUUCAGGUCUUCCUCGAACUCGCAAUGGUCAUGAUAGUAUUUGGGUGAUUGUGGAUCGACUCACCAAGUCUGCUCAUUUCUUACCUAUUAACAAGACUUAUGGGAUGAACAAGCUGGCGGAACUGUAUGUUAAUGAAAUCGUAAAACUUCAUGGACCACCCGUUUCCAUUGUCUCUGAUCGAGAUCCUCGUUUCACCUCAAAAUUUUGGAAGAGCCUACAUGAGGCUUUAGGUACUGGAUUGAGUUUUAGCACGGCAUUUCAUCCGCAGACUGAUGUGGGAGAAAGAAAGCUCAUAGGUCCAGAGAUUGUGCGGAUUACCACCGAAAAAAUUAAGUUGAUCAAAGAAAAACUCAAGGCAGCUCAGAGUAGACAAAAGAGUUAUGCGGAUAACCGCAGGAAAGACUUGGAAUUUCAAAAGGGUGAUUGGGUGUUCUUGAAAUUGUCUCCCUGGAAGGGCGUAGUAAGGUUUGGAAAGCAGGGGAAGCUUAGUCCCCGAUUCAUUGGACCUUUUAUGAUUAAAGAUCGAGUUGGCCCAGUUGCAUAUAGAUUGAUUCUACCUCCGAGGUUAUCCAAGAUCCAUGAUGUCUUCCACGUGUCCUUGCUCCGCAAGUAUAUUGCUGAUCCCUCUCAUGUCUUAGAGGAACAGCCCAUUCGUUUAAAGGAGGACCUGACUUAUGAGGAAGAACCGAUCCAGAUACUCGACAGAAGGGAGCAGGUCCUUAGAAACAAAACAAUACCUUUAGUUAAAGUAUUGUGGAGUAAUCAUCUAGUGGAAGAAGCUACUUGGGAACCGGAAUAUCUAAUGAGACGACAGUACCCCCACCUGUUUUGA